AUGACAAGACGUUGUAAUGCCCAUUUUACAAGUGAGAACUAUGAACACAUGCACUACUUUUACGGGUACGCAAGAGGGAAUGCUGCGGAAGCUGCGGGGUUGUUUCAGGAACAAGUAGAACGAAGAGGUGAUCGUGCAUCUGAAAGAUGGCCUAAUCAUCGGACUAUCUUGCAAGUUCGCGAUGCCUAUCGAGAAGGCAGAGUACCAGGAACAAUCACAGGGCAUCUGCCACUAAUAAGAGACUCAGAAUUGGUAGAAGAAGUUAUUGAAGAAAUAGAAAGAGAGCCCAGUAUAAUACUGUUAGUAUUCGCUUGCAUUUCGAAUGCACUUGCUUAUCACGAUCCUGAUCUAAACUACCACUUAAGCAAACUACAGAACGUACAAGAUUGUGGCGAUAGCGGCUAUUCAUACCCAGCACCGACAGUACAACUGUCGUUAACAAAUGUUCAAGCUGCAGCUCCAGCGUUCGUACAAUCAUCCUCUUUAUCGUCAUCAAAUAAAUACAAUAAUGCAAAGGAAUAUUUACAGUCAAUUCUAUAUCAAUCUUCUGCUCCUAAAGUAUUGUAUCAAGCCCAACCAACAGUUUCAUACCAAGCUCCAGUAGCAAUUCAACACUCUGCUGCCUUAGAUGCAGAAUACUCAACUCAAAGGGAAGAACAUGGAUAUGCAACUUCUGCAGGAUUAUCUUCUGCUGCAGUAAGAACAGUUAUACCACAAACAACAUACAAUCAAGCACCAAUAAUUGCAAAGGUGACUGCAGCACCUUUACAAACAAAAUUUACUCUGGCACCGGCGAAGACCACAUAUGUGUCUCAAAACCAGUUGGCACAUCAAUCAUUAUAUUCAAGUGGAUCCUUAGCGAAGCAAUCUCUGACCUCCUACACACACGCUCCAGUACCAGUUGUUUCUCAAGUUUAUGCUGCUCCAAGGGCUAGUUACACAGCAGCGACAUCUUUAAAGACUCAACCACAGUCCUAUGCUCCAGUUUUUACUGCUAUCAACCAAUAUAACAGUAAUAAUGUUGCAGCAGUUCAACAAACCUAUAAGGCACCUACUAUUUCUCAGUAUGCCACUUCUUCUGUAUCCCACGUUAGUGCUCCAGUUAUAACUCAAUAUGCAUCACCGACUUAUACAAAAUAUGCUGCACCUGCUUUGCAACAGUACUCCGCACCGUCCUAUCAAUACUCAACAUCAUCUGGAGCUCAAUAUUCUCAGCCAAUAAUAAAUGCGCAGUAUACAGCGCACUACUCUGCGCCUACAGUUGCACAAUUCGCUGGUCCGGCACAUCAAUCACACGCCAUUCAAUAUUCAGAACCUGUUUACGCACAGCAGUCGAUAGCACACGUCGCAGCACCAGCAAUUUCUGCAGGAGCACAAUACAACACCGCUAAGAACAUCCAUAAAGAAUUUGUAGAAAAUUAUGAUGCACACCCCCGCUACGCCUUCGAAUACAAUGUGAAUGAUCCUCACACAGGCGACAUCAAACAACAGAAGGAACAACGCGAUGGCGACGUUGUGAAGGGUCAGUACUCUUUGGUUGAACCGGACGGCUCAGUGCGUACAGUGGACUACGUCGCUGAUUGGGAGACCGGUUUUCACGCAAACGUUCACAAUAGCAAAGACAAUAAACAUUAGACAUUAACAAGGACACUUACUACCUAGGUCAUCGAACUACUUGGGUUACCGAAUUACCGAUAUCUUUCACUAUAUAUAUGGGCUUAAUUAAACAAGAAUCACAUCUACACAAUUUCUCCGUCGACCAUGCCAUGGAUUCUUAAAUAUGGCAGUACAAGCGCACUAACGUCGACGCUUUUAGUUUACAUUUUUUAAGUUACAUUUCGUACGCGUACGACCAUACCAUCUUAUUUCAUUUAUUAGUUAUGGUUAAUGUUCAAUAAUAAACAUAUAAUAUAGUGAGUUAAAC